AUGUCAUCAAACACCAAUGUUAUUUGGUUAGAAAAUGAUCAAAAGGAACCGAUUCCUAAUGAAAUUUGUUCUCAUGUUGCUCUAUUUACAAAUGAAGACGCAUGCUAUCAAUUUGUAUCUUCUUUACCAACAACAUUACAUGGUUUAACGUUUGUUGUUAUUGAUCCAACAGCAUCAACCAAUCGCAUUGUCCAAUUGAAACAAAUAUCAGCUGUUUAUAUACUUACAUUAUCAGAAUUAAAGCCACAGAUAAAUAAUUCAAUAAAAAUUCAUGGACUUUUUCAUGAUCGGCAAUCUUUAAAAGAUCAAAUUUUAUCAGACUUGAAUCGUUCGAAAGCUGUUAAACCUGGCUUUUUUGCUGGUUUAAUCGCACCAUUUCAGGGGUUUUAUUUUCUUUUAACACAUUCAUCAACAUGGUCACGUGCAUUAGUACCUGCUAUUGUAUUCACAUUGAUUCUUUUAACUGUAGCUAUAACAGGUAUUUGGGGUAUGCAUACGCUAACAAAUCGUUUAUUUGAAAAACAUACUUCACGUUGGACUCAUUUUGGCAUAUGGUUACUUCGUAUUGUACUCUAUAUAGUUCUUAUGUGUUUAUCACUAAUUGUUGCACUUACAACAGCUCAACCAUUAAGUUCACCAGCACUAGAAAGUUUAGUGCGUGCACAAGAACGUAAUCUAAAAUAUCCGAAUAGACCAGAAGAAUCAUUUUGGUCUAGUGUAUGGCGAAGUAUACGUGUUGCUAUUAUUUCAUUACUAAUUUCGUUUGGAAUUUUUAUUUUAUUAACGUUUAUAGAACUUUUUUUUCCACCAGCUGUUAUAGUAACAAUACCAAUGAAAUUUAUUGCCACUGGUUUUAUUAUUGCUUAUGAUAUAAUUGAUUAUCCAUUGUCAUUGCAUCUAGUUGGUGUGAAAGAACGUACGCCAUGGUUUAAAAACUACUUAUGGGCCACAAUUGGCUUCGGUUUAGCUAUGCAAAUUAUUUUUCUUAUUCCAGGGGCCUUUCUUAUUUUAUUGCCUGCAGCGGUUUGUGGUGCAACGCGCAUUGUUGUUGCUGCUGAAAGAGCAUCAAUUGAUCAACCAUUGUUACUUAAUGAUGAAGCUAUUUGA